CGCAGAGAGAGAGAGAGAGAGAGCCACGUCCGCACCUCGGUGACCCGGAUUGGCACAAAGAAUGUCGGCGUCGGAGUUACCUGACGAGAUGUGGAGGCGAAUUGUGGAAAUCGGAAUCGAGCUUUUGAAUUUGACCUACAAAGACGUCUGCUGCCUCUCGAUUACUUGCCGGCGUCUCAACAGAAUCACCGGCGAGGAUUCUCUCUGGAAUACUCUGCUCUCCUCUGAUUUUCCUCGGCCUCAGCACGGCGAUCCUUCGUGGUCGUCUUUCACCUCCAGUAAUAAGAAAUCCCUCUACAAAAUAAGAUUUGAAAGGGAUAGGGAGCGGAGGCGCAUGUCUUACAGAAGGAUUGUUUUAAGAAUUGAGAGUGAUGUCGCUCAGCACCUGAGGAAGAUUCAGAAGUUGGAACUUCAAUGUACAGAGGAGACGAGGAAGAUGAAAAAUGCUGUUGUUGAGCUGACGAGUUUGCAGAGGGUGAGGCAAGCAUCUGUUGCACUAACUAUGUGGCAGCCAGAUGUUAUUCGAGGCAGACAAAGAGAGAUGGUUGAGCAGUGCAAUGUACCUGUUGAUGUUCGAGUCAAUUCAGUUGAAAUGGAGCUCAAGAUUUGCAGGCAACAAAUUGAGGGACUUAAAAAGGCCCUGAGUGUUGAAAAGCGAAGGCUAGAAGCUGCAAAAGAAAAGUUGCAUUCAGUGAAAUAUCACCCAUUGCAAGAGAAUAACCUGCCACCACUCAACCCACCCGGCACUCGACGCAAAAAGUUGAAAUCUUCAUAAAAUGUUAUAUAGAAGAAUACAAGAAUAUGCAAAGGAUAUUGCUCGGCUCAUGCAUUGUUGUCCUUGCAGAAUUGUGGAGAUUGUACUACCAGCUUUUCCGUGUGGUUCUGAAGCCCCAAACUGCCAAGAUGACGAGGAGCAGUGAGGUCGGCCUUGUGCCCUUGGAGAACUUGCCGAUGAACCUUCUCGCUCUCCACAUGAAAUGUUCAAGCAUUCUAAAAUCGUGCCAGUACUCUAUGCGAUUGAGUGGGCUUUGAUUUAAGAUUUGGCUCAUUUGUUGAGAUGGUGAACAAAAUUUGGAACCUAAAACCAAUGAAUAUGAGGUUCACAGUAGGGGCAGCUUUCAUUGCAGCAUGCUACAACAUUUGGAAAGGUAGAAAUGGUGUGGUUCAUAAUGGAAAUUUGGCCUCUGCGAAAAUGGUGUGGUUACAAGAAUUCACAAAUUGUUCACAUAUGAGAUGCAUUCUGCAAAAAACACCAAUUCCAAAUCCCCAUCAAUUAUCAUUAGCAAGUACAUGUUAUCAUCAUGAACAAAACAACCAAAACUCCAUCAAUUGUCAUUGCAAACGUAUUUUCUUAAAAAGAAAAAAACUGUGUACCCAAAAAUUGUACCUC